AUGUCUAAAGCGAUCCUCGAAAUUGCCUUCUUCCGCCCGAAGCAGGCGCUUCCUGAUGUUCCGCUUCGAGCUGGGAUCGUCAUGCACGACCCCAGGAUGCACCUCGCCUACUAUCUUUACGAAGAUCCAGGGCAGGUCAUACCCAACGCCACUGAGCGCACCAUCCCGGAGCGUACGUGCACCAGCGUCGAUUUAGAGUGGUCGGUGGAAAUACCCAUCACGGCAGACACCACUGUGAACCACAUUCGACGUGUUCUCCGCGACUUACCCAAGGUCGACCAGAGAAUUAACCCCGGAGGCAUGUUUCGCUGGACGUUCGGUAAUUAUGUCAAGCGAUUCCUUCGGGCAAUGGAGAAGGAGUAUCUCCUCCAAGUGGGGCCCUACCACUCCGACGAGUUUUAUGAUAGGUACCUCAAGGGGGACCUUGGGGACGGCGCCUUCUGA